ACUACUCCUGCUGCUGCUGGUUGGCUAACACACACAUAUGUCCUCCAAUCUGAGCUGCUUUGAGCCACACUGUUUCAUCUGGUGCUAUCAGAGCUGAUGAGAGCCACUCAUCGUUCUGGGUCUGCUGCAGCUGCUGUGUGAGAGAGACACAGUCAUGCUUUGUGAGCCAGCAACUGGAGUUCAGUGAAUUUUAAAUGUUCAUUCUUGUGUAAUGGUUUUAUCAUCAUGAAAUCCACAUGGGUGUCAGUGACUCUCAUUCUGCUGGCAUUUGUGAGUGGAGCAAGGAAUGAGGAUGACAUACAACCAUGUGCAAAGGUCCAGACGUCCAGCUCAGUGGUGCCUUUGGGGUCACCUGUCAUGGCCACUUGUGUCAUCAGAGAAAACUGCCCUUUGAUCACCGGACAAUCUGUUCAUAUAGUGUGGCGCCUUGGUGAUCAUUUUAUUCCCAGCAGCCUCGUGGCCAGUGAGAGUGGCAAAAUUUCCAAGGUUGUUAUACCACACGUCAAUCACACCAGGGUGACCCUCACCUGCUGUGUCCAGACCUCUCUGAUUCAAGUAGCAGGAGGAGUGGUGAUCACAGCUGGAUAUCCACCAGAAGCACCACAAAACCUCAGCUGUCAAACCAACCUUACCACUCCUAGCACGCUGACCUGUAGCUGGAACCCUGGGCAACAAGAGACCCACCUGCCUACAGAGUACACCCUCCACACCAAGAUAUGGGAUUCAAACAAGAACCAUACUUACGAGCUGCCAACAGGAGUCCACCACUACACCAUCCCUCGUUCUGGCUUUGUCUUGUUUUCUGAAAUGCAAAUUUAUGUGAGGGCACUGAAUGAACUUGGAGAAGCUUCCUCAGUACCUGUCAUAUUGGAACCUGUUAGUGCAGCUAAGUUUGACCCACCAAAGAUUCUGAAGGUUGAAACAGUGCCUAAGAGUCACGGAUGCCUGAAGCUGAGCUGGAGCUUAUCGAAGGACCAGGCCUGGAUGCAUAGUGUCCACUUGAACCUGGAAGUCCGACUUAAGACUGCCGACAGUAGUCAGUGGAGUGAACAACCAAUCCUGCUGAGCAGGGUUAAACCAACCACACCUGUGAAACAGUGUCGUCUCCUCCACGGGACUGUGUAUUUUGCUCAGAUUAGAGUUAGAUACCAGCAGAGCCCCUGGAGCGAAUGGAGCAGCAGCCAGUCUGGAGUCACCUUGGAGAGUGCUCCCACUGGACGCCUAGUCUCCUGGAUGAAGGUAUCAGGGGAUCACAUGCACAAACAACUCAACGUGCACUUGUUUUGGAAGCCAUCAAAACAAUUUCGUGCCAAUGGCCAAAAUGUGUCAUAUAUUGUCUCAGUGCAAAAAUUACAAGGUGAAAGGGGAAAGAUCUGCUCUACAAUAGGGAAUUACUGUACUUUCCAGCUACCCAGGAAAGCAAAGAAAGUAUAUUUGAGUGCCAUAAAUGCAGCAGGGAAAUCCUCCCCUGAUGAAGUUCGGAUUUACUUUGCUAAAGCUCGUAUGGUGAUAUCAGACAUCAAAGCCAGUCCUUAUGAUGACCAGUCCCUGCUGGUCCAGUGGGAAAAGAUAGAUAUGUCUGAUCUCAUUGAUUAUGUGGUUGAAUGGAGACCCCUGUUAGAAACACACCUCUCCCUCAUCCAGUUUGAAAUUGCAGACCGUAACCAGUCCAGCCUCAUAAUAACAGGCAACUUUGAGCCUUACAAGCCCUAUGGGAUCUCUGUGUAUCCUAGGUUUAAGGAUGGGAUAGGACUUCCUCUGACUGUUAAUGCCUACUUGAGACAAAAGGCUCCAUCCAUGGUUCCAAAGUUAAGAAUUAAAAAAGCCUGGCAGUCACACACUGAGCUUACCUGGGAUGAAAUACCAUUAGACCAAAGAAAUGGGAUUAUCCAGGGCUACAAAGUCUUCUACUGGUGUGAAAACGGACAGGUUAAUGUUGUGAAUGCUGCCAUGGAAGAGAGGAGAGUAAUUCUGAAAGACCUCAACCCUGUGUCCCUUUAUGAAGCAUUCAUCAUGGUUAGCACAUUCGGUGGAAGCCUGAACGGGUCAACAAUUCAUUUUAAAAUGGAGCCCUUUGAUGGAGCCGCCAUUGUGAUGAUUGUAAUUGUGUCUGGUGUGGGACUGUCUUUCCUGACAAUUUUUAUAGUCAUGACUUGUUUCUCCAACUACAGAAAGCUAAAGCUGCAUUUUUGGCCAAUUGUUCCAGAUCCAGCUAACAGCAGCAUCAAGAGAUGGAAAUCAGAACCCACCCAGGAUACUCUUCCUGCCUGGAACAAGGAGGAGCCCAAUCCAGUAUGCCUGUCCCACCUCAGCUUCUUGAACCUACCCAUGAACCUAAGGAAAGACAAGGAUGAUCUUUGGUUAAACAAUGCAGAGGACACCAGUGACUUGGGAGAGUCCAUUUGUGGUUCACCGCUGAUUCCUGAAUAUUCUGGUUCAAACAGUGACUCUGUUCCCUAUGCUACUGUAAUUUUCUCAGAUUCGUGCAAUAGCCCUCCACGCAAAGAUACUCAUGUAUACCUGCGCUCGGAAUCAACACAGCCACUCCUGGAGACUGAAGAAUCCUUCAGUCCAAAGUGUUACCAGAAUAUGGCAACUGAGGGGAUGCCAAGGGAACAGUGCUUUUUUGGACCAUGCCAUGAUUGUGUACCCGAAGAACGGGUAGACUCAGUCAUUCUCUGGGAUGACUUUCCUUUUCUACAAGCAUUAGCCAUGAAUGAAACUUCAAAUGACUAAAAUCACUUUGUUGAUUAUAAGAAUAAUUGCUUUGCAAAAUGAAAAUGUAGACCUAAUUUUUUGUGAUAAGUUGAUCCAGCAUAGCACACAACUAUAAAUGCAUGCUCGAUAUAAUACUAAAAUCACUCUGAUUUAUAAUGAUUAUGAUGUUUAGGUCUUUACCACACUUUGUAUAUAUGUCACCUCUAUAGAAAAAUGUUUAAACU